AUGAAGUAUAUAUCGAACACGUCAUCACAAGCAGUCACGUUUUACAGGCCUAUAAAUAAUUACGCCUACUACCGACUUUUUGGCUACAUCACUGCACUUGCUUUACACGGAGGCAAUGUAAUAACGAUGCUUUUCGCGUUGCAAGGCGAUAGCAUGAAGGACCCUGAGAUAGAAACUUUCUACUCUUUACAGUGGGUGUACAUCACCAUUUGGAACGUGGUUUUUCAGAUAAUAUACUCCUUUCUAGGAAUCUUAUGUGAUUUACCAACAACACUCGAGGUUAAGGAACCAAUGCUCACAAAAAACCUAAAAUCAUAUCGUGAAGUGUUGUUCACUACUAUUAUUUUACCAUUCGGUUUUGCGAUAUUUAUAAUAUUCUGGUCAAUAUAUAUAUACGACAGAGAAAUGAUAUUUCCGGCAUUUAUUGACAAAGUUAUAAGGCAAGAAUCCAACCAUAUAAUGCAUACGGCUAUAGUCCCUAUAGUUCUCUGGGAAUUAGCUUUCCUACCCAAAAGUGAACCUAAAUCGCACAAGUGGAAUUUAGCUGGCACUUACGGAUGCUUCAUAACUUAUUUAUAUGUAUUAUUCUCAACAUUCGCCCGACGUGGUAUAUGGCCUUAUCCCAUUUUAAAAAUUUGUUAUGGGUCCAUAUACUUCCCAAUGAUUUUCAUAGGUAUUGCCAUAACGUUAUAUUUAAUGUACUACGGUCAAUGGCGCGUCAACUCACUACUGUGGGGGACUAAUGUUACGUCAAAAGAAAAAGUUUGA